AUGCGCACUCCGGCGGGCCUCCUCCACUCAGCCAUCUCUGACACCCCAUCUCCGGCUGCUUCUUUGCCUCUCCUGCUCCAUGCUCAUGCAGAGGAGCAGCAACAGCAGCAGGCCAUCUCCGUGGACUCCAACACGGUGGUCAUCCUGGCGUCCCUCCUCUGCGCCCUCAUCUGCGUGGCCGGCCUUGCGCUCGUCGCCCGGUGCGCCUGCCGCAGAGGAGGAGGAGGAGCCUCUGUGUCACUGGUGGCCAGUAGUGGCGGCAACAGCUCUGGCGGCAGGUCGUCCGCCCAGCCGCCCAGGGGACUGGAGAAGGCGGCCAUCGAGGCGCUGCCCACCGUCUCCGUCUCUUCUUCCCUGAAUAAACUGAAAGGAAGGACAAGAGAGGACGACAAGGAGUGCGCCAUCUGCCUGGCGGCGUUCGCGGAGGGAGACCAACUCCGCGUGCUGCCGCGCUGCGCCCACGGCUUCCAAGGGGCCUGCAUCGAUACCUGGCUCACCGCCCACGCCAGCUGCCCCUCCUGCCGCGCCACCAUCGUCGGCUCCGUCAUCUCGCCAUCGCCGCCGCCGCUGUGCCGGAGGUGCGGGGCAGCCUGCUGCGACCUGCAGGACGCCAUGGCAGCACCGGAGACUGCUGCUGCUGCUGCAGCUGCGGGCUUGCUUACUCCGUGGCCGAUCGAUGGAGCGAGCUUGUCAUCAUCCACAUCCAUCCACUGA